CAAUAUUUAUUCAGGUAGUAAAUCAAGUGAAAAGGUAAUUUUUGUCAUAGACUUCUGCACAAUUGGACUUAUUUUUGCAAACAGAGGAAUCGCCCCUUGCAAGAAAGAAUGCUUCACUUUUCAAACCCCCGAGGCUGCAGCCUGGAAUUAGGCCAGAGCUCAAUGAGCGAUAGCAUUCCCAUUUGAUUGACAGGACAGCCUUCGGCUGUUACCGGGAGAUGAUCUUACAGAUGGGACAACAUUUCAUUACCCCUUCGAAUUGCAUAUGUAUAAUGGGUGCAUUGUAAUACCAGUUGACAGAGAGAGAGAGAGACAAUGCCUUUAGGCUAGCCUCAGGAGACAAAUUGGUUCAACACAUUUGCAGCUAUGAAACAAAGAUUGAAAAUGGUGUCAUUCGAGAUAAAUCAUAAUGAGAACAUGUUGUGAUGGACUAACAAAUGGACAAAAGUUGCUACUGUGUGAAAUACACACUCAUAACAAGCUUUGAUGGAAUGGUGGUGGUACAAUGUUUAGAGAGACUCUUUCGACCAUAAAAUAUGUGAGUUGAGGCCUGUUCAAGGAUCUUUUUGCUGAAGUAAAUCUCUGUCUUUGACCUGUGACCUCUCAGGAAAAAUAACCUUGACAAAAAGGGAUUUGUCAAGGUUGGAAACCUCAAAAAAAAAAAUGGUACAGACUGAACUUUGUCUGUAUCAUCAAGUAAAGUACUCUUUGAUUUGAUAGUUUGUGAUUUAAAUUGAAAUGUUGCACAAUCUUAAAGCACAGUCACACCGACAUUUCAAACAGUAAUGUCAAUUAAUUUCAAUGGAAUCAUAACAGUCAGUGGAUAUGUACAUUAGGUUGAAGUUCAAAGUUCGUUUAAUAUGCCAAUUCAUGCUUUUAACUAACAGCAAACAGUCCUGACUCUGCUGACUGUUGAGGGAACAGAACACCAGAGAAUCCCAAAUCAAAGAAAACCAUUUUUCAUUUUUGCUUAAAACUAAACUGUGUGACCUUGUUAGCAACAUAGGUAACGGGACGAUAAUGAAACAAAGCUAACAGAGCUGUGACCAGUAAUAUCAUUUUCUAAGCUGCGUAUUAGCAGUUAGCUACAAUACGGUGAUUCACCAGCAUUGUGAGUAGUCAUUGCCAAGAUUGUUGCACCAUCUGUUUAGCGAGGGUUAACUUUGCUCUGCUAAUUCUGACUACGAUGCAGCGUGAACGCUAUCAAAUUUAGGGAAAGACGUCGGAUUAAAAAACGCUUCAAUUUUGAUUGGUAUCGGAAUUCAAUACCGUGCCCCGUAGUAAUGAUGACGGAAGAAUCGAUACCGUCUCUGUGCUAUUGCUUAACUUUGUAGGGCAGUAGGCUAUCAUGCCAAUAAUCCAAAAUUAGGAAAUUAAUCAGUUUGACUCCUGACCCAGACAAUUACAUGAUGGCGACAUUCUCCUGUUUGACACAGACAAAUAAGUCAUGUCCCACACCAACAUUUAUAUUUUAGUAUGACAACAUUGACUGAAUAACAACAAAUCACUGCUUUGCCUAUUUUCAAAUAUUCUCAUUACUGACUUGCACAUACUAAACAGCUAUGUUCUUGCUUUAAUAAUGAUCCUAAUGAGGUAUCCUCCACCAAACACGUUGGAGUUCAUCAGAAGUUACAUCGCAGUUAGACAGAGUAUAAGACUAAGAGGAUACCUUUAGCACCUGUCGUCUCUUCCUAAAGUCUUUAUCUGUAUUUUAUGUUUGUCCAUCUGUCACUCUUUCACAGCACUCAUUGAAUAGGCUCGUUUCUCUGUGGGAGCAAGGCAUGCUGGGUAAUUGAAAGGGGGUUACUGGCACAAGUCAAACAGAUGGAGAUGUAGUGUGCUUACAGUGUGUGUGUGUGUGUGUGUGUGUGUGUGCGUGUGCGUGUGUACGAGUGUUUUGUGUGGGGUGGCGUCUGGCAGGAGCCAAACGGCUGUGGAUUUAUCAGCUCCCCAAUGAAGGCCAAAAGCAACGCUUGCCAGAGUCUCACACUCAUGCACACAAACGCACACAUACACAUCACGCCUCAUGUCUUCCAACAUUUCCUGCUCUCUUUCUUAUGCUUGUCUUCAUCUAGGUAUCUUUUUUUUUUCGUGGUUUGUUGUUUCAUUGUUUUCAUGCAUCCGUCCAUUUAUCCCUCGUUCUCUUUGUAGUUUCUUGGAGGGACUCUGAACACCACCUGUCACUCACCUUCAAAUACACUUCCUCUUACUCCCUCCCUUUUCCAUGUCUCCUCAUAUUUUCUUCCCCUCAUCUUCUUGCUCUUUUGUCUUUGCCAUUGGCAUUCCCUGCAAGCGACAGAUGCCGAGCAGAAAGGGAGAAAGCGAGAGGGGGAGAUCUUGAGAGAGAGAGAGAGAGGGGGAGAGAAGAGGCUUGAUGUUUUGUUGCUCUUGUGUUCUAAAGGAAGGUCUCUCCUUUAUCAACAGUCUAACAGGCUGCUGGGCUCAGUCAUCCUGCUUUUCCUUCCACUGUUUACUGCUGGGUGUCAGGGCCUUCACAGUCGGUGCCGUGCACACACUUAUAUACACACACACAUCUUUCUGUCAUGCUUCAAUGUGCACGCACGAACACAAACAGGAGCACACUGUGUUGUCACCCAAAACAAAAUGUUGACUAAUAUACACAUAAUUUGUGAAUUUGUAACGGCUGACUUAUUCCACAAAGCAUCUUUUUUUCGGAAAACCGUAGGUUACUUUUGUUGUAACUGUAUUAGCAGGAAACACUCAGAAUGACUCAGAAGACACCAUUUAAUCUCCAAGUCUUUUCGAGCUGCUGUCCUCUCCUUGACUGUUCAUUUUAGGAUUUAGAAAACUGAGCUUCUUCAAGGCGUGCAGGAAAUAAUCCAGUGUUUCUAUAAUCCUGAGUGGAUGUAUGCGCUCAACCAGUCACUUUCACACACAUACACGGAUAUUCAAUGAGCAUACAAGCGCAGACACACACACACACACACACACACACACACACAUGCUCAUAUACCUGCUGCAGGUGUUCGCCGUCUUUGUGAUAACCUGCAGAAACGGUCCGCCAAGUGUGUGACAAUCAUUUACCGUCUUUUUUGAAAUCUUUAUGGCUCUGUACCGAACAGGAUUUGUCACAUGUGUAGUGAAAACUUUAAUGGUGUCCACGCUUUUGAAAGAUCUUUUGGCCUUUUCAUCUCCUCCAGUUUUUUUUCAUCUGAAAAGAAAAUGAAUAGGCUUGUCACUCAGCCUUAGCCAGCCACCUGGAAAUCAUAUGAUUAGGUUUGAAAUUCUUUGUACGCCGUCACUUUGUAGUGCAAAAUGAGUGAUUGGAAUCGUGACUGAGUGUGUGGCCCUUGCACAAGGACUGUCUGAAAAAAUUAUGAAAUACAAGAAUUUGUCACCCAAACAUCCCACAAAUCUUCUUCUCUCAUGUGAAUUCAGUUAUCAACCUCACUAAAGUGACUUGGACUUGUCCUUCCUACAUAGUUGAAGGUGACUUUUCUAAUUGUGAAUGAGCCAUUUGGCAUCACAAGAACGGUCUUAUUUUCCGUCUGUAGUUUGGCUGAGCUUCACGGAUAAGCCUUGGUAUGAGGACAGCUUAAUAUGUUUUUAAAGUGGCUCCAUAGAGGAUUGGAGACAAAGACAGAGGAUAUGAAAAGCCCCCUUUUAGGUCUCUGUUAUGCCAUACUGGACAGGGACAGAAGGGAGAGGGGUAGGGAAGUGGGCAUUCUUUUUCGCUGUCUCAUACCCAAGUCAAACAGGAAUGCAUCCAUUGACUGACAGAAUUGCUAGGACAGUAUAUCCUGACCAUACACACUGGAAAAUGCCCCAGAUACUCCAAAAAGCAGGUAGUCUGAGUGUCAGUUUAGAAGUUUAAUUGGCCAAUGUGUCAGUAGAGGAACAGGGUGUGAAGGAAGUGUGGACAACUGCAGAGAGAGCACCUCGCCCUCCAAGCGCUCUCAGAUUUACAAGGUGUUACCGCCAAAGAUGUGUUCCUGUCUGAUGCCCAGUUUCCCUUGUGUCUCCACUGUUCCAUGCAAUGCUGCAAGCACAAGUGAGAAAGGUGUGCAACUGUAUGGAGCUGUCAUUAUGUUAGACAUGAAGCUGUUGGUGUGAGAACAUUCUGUGCAUUCUGGGUUUGUAACAAAAUGGCCACUUUUUUUAGUCUGCCUAGCCCUAGAGGCUUGCUCACACCAGAAAGUGGCAAAGAGAAAUGCAUCUGCAUGCCUUCGCAAAAUAUAUUGUUGUGGAAGCUUAGUUAUGUAGUGACUACUGCCAGGAGGGUUUAUGAAAGUGGGUGGGGACACACAGCUUGCUAGCUAAUAUUCUAUGGAAAAAUGUGCGCUGCUGUUCGCGACCAUAUUGGCUUUAUUUCAUUGUAAUUAAUUUUGCCCCACAAUUUCACAAUCUUUAAUGCCAAUGUGACCAGUUUUUUAAAGGUAAAGUCCAGCACAUUAUGAAGAGUAGCAAGGUUAGGUGUUGGAGAUUGGAUGCCAUCAGUGGAAGAGUCCAUUCUAACCUUUGGGUGUUUGUGUGAGCUUUUCUGAGCAGGCACAAAGAGGUAGGAGGACUCCCUCAAGGGAGGACCUCAUUCCAAGACCUUGCCUGUCGUUAUUACAGCUACAAAUCAGACCUCCCACACCGCUUAGAGCAGCAAAUACUAUAAACUCUUACACACACACACACACACACUCACACACUCCUUUUUUGGUUUUAUUACCAAUCUCGGCAUGAUACAGCUCCCUUGCUACAGUUUGGACUGUGCGGGAGUAAUACCAUUGCUCUCUGCUUUAAUGUGUGCAUGAUGUGCCUAUGCAUGCACAUGUGUAGGGAUUUGGAAUGUAAAUAAUUUAAAACCGGUUUGAUAUUAUAUACACGUUCAGUCGUCUAUGUUUUUUGGGUUACCACCCGUCUCCUUCAAAUCCAAAAUGUUGGCAUAUUGGCGCCAUUUUACUUUGACUAAAGGCCGUACCACACCGGGGGUAUGACGAAUAAAGAAUACAAAAAUGCGAAAUACUCGCCUGAGACUAUUCCACAUCAAAACUUUUCAUACUGGCAGCAACGUGAGCUUUGGACAGUUGCAACAUAUUUUUUUUACUUUAUGCUCCAUUUGUGUUUAUUCUUUUCUUGUAAAAUCCAGUUAGGCUAACAUAUGAAGAGCCGGUUGUGGCGGUACCGAUUCCCUAGAUUGUAUUCCUCCUAGAGCUAAGACCAGUGGGAUCAGAGGUUGUAGCUGCCUCAGUUUUGCAGCUAGUGUGAAGAGACUUUGAAGGGGUCCCUUGACCUCUCACCUCAAGAUACGUAUAUGAGACGGGUUGUGUACCCACGAGUCUCCCCCUUUACACACACUGAUAAUCCCAUGCAGCUUUGGGCAAAAAACAAACCUAUAUUCUAAAAUGUUUUUUUGAAUAUUUCUUCAUACUAGAACAGUCUUACAAUUGCACAUGUCUAGAAAGCUGAGACUCUUGUGGAUCAAAUGAGCCCAACUUUAAUUUGCGAUGAUGUUAGACCUCAUAGUAGGCAUUUCACAUAGUGAGACAAUUCUUUUGAAAGUUGAAGUCGCUGUAUAAAAUGACAGGACAAUGACAAAAGUAUAUCAACCCAAAACCUGCUACACAAUGAGACAUUAUAGAGCAUGCAUAUUGCCAUAUGGGUUUUGGCUCUAAGCCCUUUUUACACUUUCACAAUUUCUUUCAAAUAAUGAAUUUUUUAAAUUCUGAUCCAUGGCUAGAACUACUGUGGUGUUGAUGCAUAACAGGUGUGGCGAACCCUCCAAUGCUGCUCAGGGGGAUUGUGAGAUUUGGCUAAACAAAUAGAGAAAAAAAGAAAUGACAGCAAAGAAUGAUGGACUGCCACACGGUUACAUGACUAAUGCAAUGAAAGUUGGAUUUAGCGGCAUGAAGCUGUCAGCACAGCUUGCUGAUGUAAGGCUACUUUUUAAUUAAACAUGUCAUAAUGACAAAUGCCUGCUCAGUCAGUUUGCAUGAAACCGGAAAUUGACCCAACUGUACACAUGUGUAUUUAUGCCUGUAUUUAAUCUAUUUGUGUGCAUAUGGAAUCUUUAUUAGUAUGCAUAUGUGCAUGUGUGGCCCGUUCGCUCAGUUGGGAAAACAGAUUGCACUCUAUCCGGACAGGGAUGUGCAGUGGAGCAACAGAGAAAACAACACUUGUCUAAUCAAAUGCAUCAGCCUGCUGUCUUUGACACUGUUGCCAUUUACAAGAAGAAAAAAAAAACCUUAGAAAAGCCCAUUCUGCAUUUCUAAUGCUGCAUGUGAGCUUGUGUAUAUUUUGCUUCAAAUUACGGCGGUCCAAGGAACUCAUUUCAGCAUUAGAUCAUAUGAUAUGUGCAUAACUAGUGAUUUCACUGUCAUAACCACCCUAUAUAAUUACAUGCGCCUUUUUUAUUGCUGGCUGAUGAGCCAUAAUGGUUCACAUUAAUGCAUCCACAUAUAUAGAUAUUCCCAGUUUUCUUAUAGUCAAAUGAAUUAUAAAGAGCUAGAAGACAGAGAAAUAGAGCUGUGAUCAACUAGUUAAGCCUGUUCUCAGUUACGAUAGCCGCUUAUCCCACCAGCGGAUCACACUAGAUCAACAAAAGAUCCCUCGCUAAACCUGAGAAAGAAUAAGACCCUCAGUCAUAAUCAUCCAUCUGUUGCGGAGUUUAUCUCUCGUCUGACUGUACACUUUAUCUGUGGGUAUAUCUGUGGGUAACGGAAAAGACUGUUAGAGGAAAAACAAAAGGUGUGACUGAUGGAGAGAGUCAGUGAGAGACAGGAGGAGACCACUGAGACCCACCAAGUCUCUUCCCCCCCUUUAAUGUGAGUGGACGGAGAGAGUGUCAGACAGACUGAUGUCACAGUCGAGUCCAUCACAUGUACUUCCCUCAAAGUUGUGAAGUUUGACACCUAACUGGAACUCAAACAUGAACUUUUAAAGUAAAAAAUGCAAGCAGGCAAUAAAAAAAAAAAAAAAUCGGAUUCACCUUUUGCUUCUCACAAAUCACGGCCAGAUGUGGUUCCUUUACACCCCUGUAGAACAGGGGUGUUCUGCAGAAUGGCGUUUUCUAUGAUUCAUUUUGGCGAGUGACAUAUUGGACAAUAGUGAGUGACUUCCUCAUUCCUGUGAUAGCUGAAGCGACCCAUAAUUGCUUUGGACUUUGCUUUGCCAGCAGUAGCAUAAAUAUAGAACGGAUGCAUUGUGUGAUUUGCAUCUCGAUGAUCAAGCCACUAAAAAGUUCUGCGGUCGGCUCAUUGUCCACUGGUUUUUCUAAUUUUCCGUCCCACACCCACCCUUUUGUUCUGUGUCCUUGUUUAAAAAAUGUAGGACUGUUAUGGACUAAAUUGAAUGGCUUGCAUUGUUGAAUGCAUUCAGUUCAAAACACACAGAACCCAUGCUCCCGGGUCAUGCGGAUGCUUCCAACAGCAUAACAAAAGCUUAAUUUAAAUAGAAUAAUUCAUCGGCGGAUGCAUUGUCAAAUCACUGCCUGUUUGUUAACAGAAGCCUGUGAUACUGGUCAAAGUCCAGUAUGCAGUAUUUGUUUUAAUGAAUACAUAAUUACCACUUCUCUGUGUGAAUGUGUGUGUGUGUGUGUGUGUUUGUGACAACCACACCAACAAUUCAAACCAUAGAACUUUGAUAAAUGAACAACAAAUUACUCCAGAGCUCCAGGACUAAAUGGGAGGUGACCCAACUAUGUUCACCCAGGAGGAGCUCAGUCACUCUGGGUUCUGCCAACCCUCUGUCAGCCUCACCGCCUCACCUGGCCUUGAUCUGUGGUCCGAGAGCUGGACUUAGUGGUGCAGCAGUCUUCAUCGAAUUGAUUUGGCCAUUCAUCUUAAUUAGCUAAUGAAUAGACUGGUUGCAUGGGUUGGACACAGUGUUGUUUGACAUUUAGAAAGCAGCAAUGGUGGGGCCCCGUUUACUGGAGAGCAGUUUGUCUCUUGCAAUGAAUCUAACUGUGCACCCCUCUGGUUUUGUAUCUAUUUGAAUCAAAAGAUACAAAGUGGAUGAAAAUACAGAAGCAAAAAAAAAAAAAGACUAGAAACAAGACAGAUAGCACAACAGAGAAUGUUUCCAGACUUUUAAAGCCAUCUUUAAAGUCUGAGGGAUUGUCCUGACUGCCAGCAUGUUCCCUCUUCUCAUCCGAGGCUUUUCCGUCCGUCUGACAUCAGAUUCAUUUUUCAAGCCAUCAGUGAUUUGUGCACUCCAAGUCGCAGCUGUCUGUUGCGUACAAUAUAGGCCUGUUAGCAUUCACAUUUAACCAGCUGUUCUCUUUCUGUUGACAGAUGGUAUGUGACAUAACAAACUUGUAACACAUGUUAUCAUUCACGCCGACUUUUAAACAAGAUCUAAAAAAGAGUUUGCUAUCUACUCAGAGGUCAGGCGUUACUGCCAAGUCUUGGCAGGGUUUGAGAUGGAUGAACAAGGUGAAAUAAAAAGAUGCAUCUUCCAUACCUGAUAUGCAAUACUGUGAAAAGCUCAUUGAUCACAACCUGCUGUUGUGCUCCAAAGCCAAAUAAUGAAAUUAAAUAUUAAAAUGACAUUUUCCUCCCAGGCAAUGUUUUGCCUCGAUAAGCAUAAAAAUGAAUGACUUGAAUCCUCGACAAACUAAACAAAGUGCAAUUAAUCAUCAGUGGAGCAGGGGGGAAAUCGCCCAGGGUUAUGAAGGGGAAGGAGACGAAAAAUGGAAGUGAAGCCCAAAGAGAAAGCCGGAGAAACUCUGAGCAAAAAAGCCGAAUGGAGAGGCAGAGUUACCAGAGCAGAUGGUUUCAGCGCUUUUGCCCAAGGCGCUCCAUACUCACAGAAAUCUCUACAAGGAGGGAGAGAGAGAUGAGUUGAAACACUAACUACACAUCUGCACUUCCUCUCCUCCAGUGCUUGAGAAGGGUAGAGAGAGCAGAGAGAGAACUGGAGGGGUUUUGACAGGCAUCAUCGACACUGCGCCACAUUCAGUAUUCUCAGUGUUCAGAGCAAUCACAGUUGACACAUGGCAUCCAUCAUCUCAUGAUAUGUUGUACCAACACGUUUUCUUGCACAUUUUGCUCAACGUAUUGGAUAUUCUCCUUUUUAUUUCCUGUCAUGCAGAUGUACUGCGACUUUUAGACAUGCGUAUUUUUUAAAUGUAGUUCAGUGUUUGUGGGGGCAGCUCAAACAGAGAACAUAGCUGACCUGAAAUCCUGCAGCUGAGCAUCAGCGUGCAGGCCCGCUUGACAGCCAAUCUCCUCAGUGUCGCUUGAACUAAAAGUACACUGUGGACAAACACACACACACACACAUACACACACAUACAUGUGUGCUGCCUGGCUAAAUGAAUGGUGAAUGAUGGAUGAGUGUGAGGCUUGGCAGUGUUGCCAUCUGUUCCGACACGAGACAGAGAGAGUGGAGGGCUUGCGGUUCAUCGAAUUUCAAGCCCAUCACAGCGUUCAGCUCACCUACUGUACACGCUCCACUGGCACCUUGAUGGAUUUGUUUGUGACCUUGUGUGUGUGUGUGUGUGUGUGUGUGAUGGAGAGUAUAAGACAACUCUCGACCCAUGCUACUCACAUUACUAGGUGGUGAUCAUUUACAUUUUGCAUAGUCCAAAGUGGCACCCGAAUCUCUGCUGCAAAGUUGAUCCAAAAUCAAUUUACGCUGUUUCUUCUCUCAUUGAAAAUCCCUCAACGUCGCACUGCCACGCAGUCAAUUUUCUCCGACUUGGUCUGUGCCUCCUCACGCACACGUGCCCCCUAACUGCCUCUCUCCGUCUCUAUUACAUGCCUGCCAUUCUGUCUUUACACACAUAGCCACUCUGAACACAAUUGUCAUUGAUUUCUUCGUAUCUCCUUUUUUUGGCCCUUUGCUGAGAGUUUGGCUCAGGUGAGAGGAAACAUAGGGACUGAUAAAGAGAGAAAAGCGUGAUGGGAUGUACUGUUUACAGUUUGCUCUGUAUCGUCCGACACGUUUGUACCCCCUCACAAAGAAAGGCUCGCACACACAAUCACACUAUGACAAACAGUGUGAACAGCCGCCCCGUUACCAAACGAUCAACAACAUGAGACACAGCCUUAAAAAAAAAAAGCCACAUGCAGCGCAUCGCAGUGCCAUUUUGUGUGCUCUCUCUGCUGUUUUAGUGUAUUUGUGUGUCACCUUUCCUCCUCCUGAUGACUGGAAGGUUAUCAUGGGGGUGUCAUGCCCAAAAGCCAGCAGACAGCUUUGCCCUUUACAACAAAGUAUCAGUGCUAAUUAGAGACUAUGAGUAAGUCACUGGACUUAAGUGUGUGUGUGCACGUGUCACUGUGACUAUCCAUGCGUGGCUGUAUCAGCCUCUUACAUCCAAACGCAGGAGUAUGUUAGUUCCACUCAUCAUUUCAAUGGGACUUUUGAGAUCUGAUCUUGCGUGUUAUGAGGCCACAUCUCUGGGCGGCCACACAUGGCCUGAAAAUGUCAGUUGUUCAUCUUGCAAGGAUAUAAUUAUUUAAAUAGCUCUCCAUGAUACCUUUCCUGCUCUCCGGCUCUGUCUCUGCGCGUGACUGAUAUGCCCACUUACUACUAGUUCAGUUUAGACUUCAUCCUGACCGCUCGGCUGUAGAGGGUUAUCCGUUUUCAUCGUCUGUUUUGGAUAUCAGUCCUAUUUCCUGGAGAAAUAUGCACUGUUGCAGAGACUCAUUUACCAAUACAUUUUUUUAUUGCAAUAAACAAGAGUAAGAGUGUCAGUCCGUGGUUAGCAGUUUUUGGGUUAGCGUGUCAGCAUGCCAACAUUUGCUGGCACCAAAGUACAAGUGAAGUUGAUGUGAAUGUCAUUAGUUUUGCAGGUAUUUGAUCAUAAAUCAAAGCACACAGUGACCUGAUGAUGGCACCAAAUGAAAAGUAAAGGAAUAAUAGAACAAUAAUAUCCAUAUCAUGUGCAAUAUUACUUUUUCAACAUUGUGCAAUAAUAUAUUUCAAUAUCAUGCAAUAUUACUUUGGAUAUACCAUUUGCAAUAUAACUUUCUAUUACUUUUUCAAUAUCAUUGCCAAUAUUACUGUCAAUAUCAUGCACUUGUGUUAGUUACUUCUUGUUGUUAACUUUUAUUUAUGUAUGUUUAUAUUUUUACUCUAUUGUUUUUUCUCUUAUUUCUCUGUUGUAGUCCUUGAUUAAUCCCUUUUCCAAGAAUUUCCUUCGCCAUUAAUACAAUUAUAUAUUAUCUUAUCACCGAAGAGAUAAUAAAUCUCUAUGAGGGGAACAACAUUUCGUGUUGAGGCAUGCAACUAAAAAGUCAGGGGUUUACCAAGGUCAGUGGCAUUCAUCCUCAGGCAGAAACAAAUGCUUGUAAAUAUUUUCAAGGCAAUCCAAAGUAAGAGUUGUUGAGAUAUUUCUCUCUGGACUAAAGUGAUGGACCAAUUGACAGAACAACAUUUCCAGCCUUAGAGCCAGCUGCUGCUCUGUGCCGCUGUUAUUGCAUAUGGUUUCAGGUAAAGGAACUUAAAAAUGAUCCCAAUCUGCACAAUUCUGUGUACAGUAAAAGGUGGACAUUCAUUACUUGAAAACCAUUCUGUGUAUUACAGGAAGCCGCGUAUACAUUACCAAGCUUAAUUCAAGGGCGGACAGAUAGAUGAAAAGCACUAAUGCACGACACUUUAAAACAAUAAAAUGUACUCGCUUGCAAAACAUACCCUUACACAAAACACAUCUAACACCUUCCAAAUGCUUUAUUUUACUUUUUUUUUCUAAUUGCCUUGUCGAUUUCAACGUGAGUUUUAUGGAGUGAUGUGAGAACUUAUCCAGCCAAGACAAAAUAGGAAUUGAGAGUCUCUCGACUCAAGAUACACAAUCUCUUGUGGCCACCACAUUGUAUGCUGUUAUAUUGAAGCUGCAAACUGCUUUGGGUCUUUUGAUGGCACAGCUAUAAACUCGGAAAACUAUUUGGAGAGAUAGAGGUGAUGAAAAAAAAAAAGAACAAUGCAAUAGGCCCAGCAGCUCAAGGUCCAUUAUUUUGGGGGUGGAUUUCUCAUAUCGAGAGGACUUGAUUGAGCCCAUUAUGAUGGGAUUGUGUCCAGGCUUAUAUAGACAGACCUUCAAGUGGCAGCCAGGCCUCCUCAAGAUGAGCUCUGGCUCAUUGGAUUACAGUUCAUAGUGUUUAACAGCACCCAUAGCUGCCAGCAAAUCUAUCCUGGCUGACUGACAACAAUCCCUUUUGAAACAGCAUGAAGCCGCACAGCCAGUGAGGACUUUGGAUGACAUUUUAGGAUUCGCUCUGUCGUUUGACUCUCUCCCAUUGUCUCAUACUUUUCCAGGUGAACAGACUGGAACUUCACUGCAUGUAGGCUAAAUGUGAGGCAGAUCCUCGUUUCAUCGCGCUCCCGCUCUUCUGUGGGAACCCAUCUCAUCAGAGUGACUGAGAGCAAGUUAUUCAGCCGACAGUUUCUUCCUGACGACAUGGAGCACCAUUUCCUGAUGAGACUGUGGUGAGACCAGAGCAGCCCUGUCACGCCCACAGCGCCCCCUUUCGGCCCGGACGGCCCACCACGCCCCGGCGCCUGUGAAAGGGUACCAUGUCAGCCGUAGCAUGUCCCAGCAUUCCUCCGGGGGUGGCGGAGGAGGACCCUGCCACUGCUCGCCUGAGGACUGUGAUGGCCCAGGUAGAGACUACUAUCAGGGUCACGCCGAUGGCCACUAUUACCCUCAUGGAGGUCCGGCUGAGGCCCUGGCGCUGGAGAGGCACCAUUCUCACUCCCAUUCUCAUAGCCACUCUGGAGGGGGAACCUUCCCCCGCACACACCCCAGCCAACACCCAUCUCUCCAGUCGUUUGACUCUUGCGAAGAGUGCCUGUCCUCAGGCCACGGAGGGAAGAUGCACCGCAUUCCCCCGAACAUGGUAGACCAGUUUGAGAAGCAGGUGCCCUUCCAUCCUGAUGGCUUCCACACACUGCAGUACCAGCGCAGUGCUAGUGGGGGUGCUGAGCCGCGCAGCGAGAGCCCCUCACGCAUCCGCCACCUGGUCAACUCUGUGCAGCGCCUCUUCGCUAAGUCCCAUUCUCUGGAGGCACCGACCAAACGGGAGUACAACGGCACGAGAGGAGGCGGGGACUCCCGUGGCGAGAGAGGAGGAGGCCACAGGAGUGGAGGGGAGGAUGGCGGAGGCCACUAUUCAGGUCAUCAGCCUCGCUCUACCAGGAGGAGCAAGUCUCGAGAGCGAAGCAAGAGCGGAGACUCGCGCCACGAGUCGGGCAGACGCCACCGCAGCAGGACAGCAGGCUGGUGGAGCUCUGACGACAACCUGGACAGCGACAGCAGCUACCUGGUCAGUGGGGGCAGACGGGGGUAUCCCAGCGGACACGAGAGCCUGGAUGCAGCAAUCCAGGAGCUCACCAUGAAGAGGCCCAAGGAGCGUGGCGAGCGUGGAGGUGGUGGGCCGGUACCUGGGGAGUGCGUGGCCUGUACCACGAUGGCUCUGGCUGGGAGUGAAGGAGGGGGACAUCACGGGCCCCAUGGCCAAUCCCUGAAAAGGAGCACCUGGUCAGCCAUGACAGUGAGUCAGGCCAGAGAGGUGUACCCUUCUACCAGGGGAGGAGGCUACGAGAAAGCCCUGGUGCCCUUGGAGAGUAAGCUGAAGGAGAGGACCUUCCACUACUUGCAGGUCCCUUCAGACGACUGGGGUGGCGGAUAUGGUGGCGGUGCAACAGACGGUGGGGGGGAGAUCCCAUGCCGUCGUAUGCGGAGCGGCAGCUACAUCAAGGCCAUGGGCGAUGAUGACAGUGCUGACUCAGACACCAGCCCAAAAGCCUCACCCAAGUCCACCCUGAUUGCCCAGAGGGAGGCCUUUAGACGAUCUAUCAGCAUGGAUCAAAGCAUUACAGCACUCAAAAGGUACUCGUGUAAGCAGUGUACUGACCCUUACCCCAACAGCCGAACCACACCCAAAACCCAGACCCGCUCUCGUAGUUACACCCGCUCUCUGACCAGCUCACAGUUGGGAGACACGUUGAACCGUCAGUUCGAGGCAGUGUGCGAGACCAUGUUUGGAGAGGUGGAGUCUCAAGCCGUCGAGGCCUUGGACCUCCCAGGUGUGUUCCGCACUCGCAGCCACAGCUACGUCCGUGCCAUCCAGGCCGGCUGUUCCCAGGACGACGACUGCCUCUCUGUCUUCUCCAUGUCGGGCCCCCAGGGAAGCAUCAAGGGCGGGGCCGUCUUUCCUUAUCGUAAAGGUGCUCCUCCUCCGCUCCCACCUCGCAUGUCCAAGUCUUCACUGUCGGUGCGAGCCCAGAGCAGCACUGAGUCCACCCAGGAUGCCUACUUCCAGAGCGGUGGACAGUUAGCCUCAAGCUCGGGCCCCGGGCGUCCCAAGCAGCACAGCAACUCAGUGGACCUGGGCAGCUCCGAUGGCCCCUCGGGUCGCAUCUCUAGAGGGGGCUACUACACCGCGACAGGACCUGGACGUUCCCGACAGCACAGUAACUCGGCAGAGAGCUUAGAUGGUGUCAGGGGUUCGCGGGAACUGGUGCCCUAUGGAGGGGGUCCGGGUGUAAGGGCCAAACACAGCAGCUCGGCUGACAGUCUGCUGGAGGGCCCACCGAGGCCGGCCAGGGAGAGAGACGGCAGGGUCGGGGGCAGCCUGGGGAAGUCAGUGUCUCUGCCUCAGAACAGCAUGGUGCUGUGUAAAGCUGGGCGGCAGGACGAAGGGCGUGGUGGGAGAAAGUGGAGGCCAUCCAUAGCCGUGCAAGUGGACAGCUCAGAGACUCUGUCAGAUUCAGACGCAGAGGGCAAAGCUCUUACAGAGGUCCACUCUAUAGGAGUCCAAGUGGAAGAUGACAAAAGGCGGGCUCGUUUCAAGCGCUCCAACAGCGUGACGGCGAGCGUGCAGGCCGACAUGGACCCCGAGGGCUUCCCGGGGCUCAGCAUCGCCGUGCCAACUCAGGACAAGGGUCUCCAGUUCGGCUGUUCCUUCCAGAGGCACUCGUCGGAGCCGGAGUCAGCUAGCCAGUACGCGGAUUGCCACCGCACCGUCCACACACAGGGACAAUGGGCCUACAGAGAGGACUUUAUCCAGAGUGGCUAUACGACUGAGGCCUGCCAAGCGGAUCCACGGCCCCACCAGCAUCCACACUUGCCUCCACGUUCCCACUCCCCUCUGCCCAUCACCUCUGAGAGAGCUUGGGCGGGGACGCCGUCCCUGGAGGGCCCCCGGAGCCUGCCCGACUCGGGCCGAGCCUCGCCCUGCAUGAGAGACGGAGAGUUCUUCUUACGCCUCCUGCAGACGGAGGUGGAGAGGAUGGAGGGCUGGUGCCAGAACAUGGAGCGAGAGGCAGAGGAGAACGAACUGCCAGAGGAGAUUCUUGAGCUGAUACGAAAUGCAGUUGGCAGUGCCCAGAUGCUCAUGUCUCAGAAAGUCCAGCAGUUCUUCCGCCUCUGCCAACAAAGUGUGGACCCAUCAGCGUACCCCCAGCCCACCUCUCAGGACCUGGCAGGCUUAUGGGACCUGCUCCAGCUCAACAUAGAAGACGUCAGGGUCAAGUUUCAGGACCUCCAGAGGCUCAAGGACUCUGGUUGGAGGCUCCCACCUGAAAAGAAGGAGGAUAAGAAACUUCCUCCUCCCUUACCAAAGAAGCCAGUAGGUGGGGUGAGUGGCAGCCUCCGGGCCGAUAGCGUCGGUGAUGGAGGUGCCGGAGGUGGAGGAGGUGGAUCGGGUGGCCUGGUGGUGCCUCGCAUUGGUGGACAUACCAUACCCAUCAGGGAGAAGUCUCUGGACCUCGGGGACCGUCAGAGGACAGAAGCGAGGAGGAGGCUGCUGCAGACAAAGCGUACUGCCUCCUUCAGGCAAAACUCGGCCACAGAGAGCGCAGACAGCAUCGAGAUCUACAUCCCUGAAGCCCAGACUCGACUCUGAAGACUGUGGUGUCUCCCACCCACCUCCUCACCCACACUCAGCCCUGCUGACCUGCACACCAAUCUCAGUCUAUCUCUGAGCCCAGUACUGAUCCUCUGCAGGUCAUCUCUGUUCAUCCGCUACCCUCCCUUCAGCAUUUCCAUCACUUCACUUGCCACAACCACAAAUUCACUACUCUUGCUCAUCAAACAAGCAAUGACAGCCAUUUUAGUGUCUUGAAAUUUGGACAUUUUACUGACACAGAGGCCUCAAUGUGAAAUGGUAGCUAGCAGAUGUGAGUUAUCGACUUUUUAAAGAAUUCUCUGAAUUUCCUUUUGGCUGACAAACACGUAACAGUCCACUUUUAUAACAGUAGUCAGUAGUCAGUGGAGGUUCACGCAGUAGUAGCAUGCCUGUGCGUGUUCACCUAGCACUUCUCCAUCACUGAAAAUAAAGGGCUUAAGGCACAAAACCUCUGUGGAGAUGACGAGAUAACAGAAUCUCCCUAUGGAUCCCCUGUUGCCAUCUCCUGAAUGCCAUUUGCAACAGAAUCAUCUGCGAUAUAGCCACACUCUUCACCAAUGCUACCAGUAUGGAUGAAUAAACAUGGAUUCAUUUCUCACCAUCAGUUUAAAUGCCCUUAAAGUCAGAUGGUUGGCGAUCCCCAAAUAACAUUCUCUAAGCAUAGUCAGUCAACUGCAGCUGGCACUUUUCACCCCGGGGCCAUCUGUCCACCCAGGCACCCAGUCAAAGAAUAUGAAACUAUUUUCUGCCUCUUCCCCUCAUUCCUCACAUCCCGUGUACCCAUCGACUACCCGCAGUGAUGCCGUUUGAAUGUGCAAGUGCUAUUUGUACAUAGUGUGCACACUCAUGUUUGCCAAAAAGAGCUUUUGCUGUGUAGCAUCACAGCCUUGACAGCUAGAGAGCAUCACAAACUGCUUUUCAUGUAGUCCCUCUGAAGUUUCAAGUGUUCAGGGGUGGGGUUGCUGGGAGUUUUUAGGGGAGUAUAUUUUGGUGGCUUUUUAGGAAUUUACUGAGAAGGCCCCCAUUUCACUGUGAGACUACAGCACCACCAAGUGGUCCAAUGAGGACCCACAUCCAACAACGGUGGUCUUUAGAGAGUUCUUUCCACCUCAGUCAGGAAUUAACAGACAACCUGAUGAAACAGCCAUGAAAGAAGAUCAGUCUCUUCAUUACUUUUUAUCAGUUCUUUCCGUUCUCCUCUCUUGAAUAUUCAGAGUGGACUUUCACAUGAUGUGUUUGCAGAAUUGUGAAUUCUAAAGCAGCGGAUCACAAAAUAAUAGCGGAGGAGAGCUGGCAAAGUCUUCAGCAGAAUCCACUGGCCUAAUCCUCUCGGUUUCGCACACCGCCGCUGAAAGAAGGAAGGAUCUCUCUCAAUCGAGAGAACACAAAAUGAGCCGUAUUUGGCGUAGCUCCCUCCAAAGCCCGUCCAAAAAGUCAUCAAAGAGAGGAAACCAUCGUUUCAUUGCGAAAUGAUAUAGAAGAGAAGCAAUUUGAUAGUGUUUGGUAAUCAUGCUGAGAUUAAGUUACACUUGAAUGGAAUUAUAAUAUAUGUUAGUUGCACUAUGUGUUCAUUUCUCUUUCUCUUUAUUCACUUCUUGAAAUCAAUCUGGUGUCUCCACGGAACAAAGUGUAGCAUGAUUUUAAUGGCUUCGAAGGGGUCUUAUUUAUUUAUGUCCAAACAGAUAUUUCAUAUUUAAGUGUUUUGUAUGGAUGGUGCCUAUGUGUGUAGUGUGAAUAUGAAGGGCUGCGUGUCAUGAGGGACAUGUGAUGAAGCCCAGUGAAAAGUCCAAAUCAGCCGUUUUGAAGACAUAAAACACAGAGUAAGAAUCUUUAAGCAUGACCUGGUUUAUUUUAUUUUUUAACAUUUGGGUGGAACGUGUUGGCAAAAUGGGAUAUUUUAAUGGGAGAUGUAUAUUUUAUAACAUAAUCUACAUUUCUAGAUUAGUAGAGACUAUUGAGUACAGUAUGUGUACAAAAACAGCAUAUAUCAAAUGUGAAAAACUACAAUAUUAUUAUGAUAGAUUAUAGCAUUGUGUGAUACCACAGCUGUGUGGCAUAUCCAGACUCGGUACACGUGAAAAAGAAUUUCAAUUGAUUAUUAUCUUCAGUUUGUGAGUGCUGAGUCAGGUUCACAGGGUAUAAAUGGCAAGACUUAAUUGCCAAGUAUGAUCCUCCUUAGGCCUAUUGUAUAUCUGUCUGUGGUUCUAACAACAUAUACUGCUGUAUCCCCUCCCUGUAUUUCCCCUUUAGAACCAACUACAUGUGCCUAACCAGCUAUAUGUGGAGGUUUCCUUUGAACACAGUUUACAGUAAAUAUAUAUAGAAAUAUAUAUAGAAAGAUAUGUAAAUAGAAAAGUAUACAAAUCUGCAGAGAGUAUUGUUGAAAAAAUGUUUUUAUUGUACUGACACUCCAUCCUUUGUCUCCCUCACUUUCACGUGCAAUACACACAUAAGACUGGCAGAUUUUGUGGACGUUAAUACUGCAUGUUUUAUGUCAACCUCCUUUAGCAGGCAAAGCAAAGCUAAUUUUAUAGCUUAUAUACAUUGUUUUGUGAUUGAAAAUAAUUGACAGGAUUUAUACAAUGCCGUUAUUUCAAUGACUCAUGCCUUUGAACAAAGAUGAUAUCAUUGGAGGACGAUGAUACUGGCAACUUUGAAACAGCAAUUUUGAUUUGAAUCUCAGCUGAUCAAUUGAACAACCUUCGUAAAACAAGCUGCCCUGGCAAUGAAAAACGGGGCUGAGGAUCAGACUUGUUUAAUUUAUUUGCAGCAGUGUGGGUUGUGGAGCAGCCUUUUUUUUAUCCCCACACCCUUCUCCUCUGUUACCCUCAAACUUGACAACAUCUCAGUGGUGUCUGACACAGCCCUCAUCAAACAAAGCACAAAUACCUGCUUUUAUACUGUUACUCCACUGUGAAGGCCCCUUGACUCCACCCUCACAAUCCUCAAACCUACACACAGAGGGAUGGCAAGGUCUUUCUAUUACGAGUCGGCCUUGAGGGACACCAGGAAUCGAAAAGAGGCUUUGAUGGAUGUUUAUCCACCGUAGCAACUACUACUUUUUCUUCAAUUCUUGCUGACUUUCUCCUCUAUACUUUUGAUCAAACAUUGAGGUGUUAGCCAGCCACCUUGCCUUGAAACAGGUCCAUUGCAAACACAUGUUUGGUGGUUUGAUUUCCAUACUGUUGCGUAUUUUACAAAUCCAUCCGUCCUAUAUCUUCACAGUAGAAAUGCAGGAGCCUCAGCUAGAAAUAGCACCUGGGUGUGUAGUUGUACGAACAUGAUCUGAACACUCACCAACACAUCAGACAGACCACUAUACGAACCCUUUCACCUCUUUCUAGAAGUGCUAAAACCCCUCGUGGACAGCCAGACGGACAAGUCAACUCCGAGUACCUCAGUUUCUAGCAGCGGUGUCUCCAACCCCGACCCAGGCCUCUGUCCUCAGGGGAUUCUCUCAACCAACGGACCCUGAUAAUACAGGACCAGAUCAGUCCCGCGGGAAUGUUGUCCAUAUUCUCUGAAUAAAAGGGGAAAUCAUUUGAGCUCAGAUUAUCUAGCCAUUCUCUAGUAGCCAUUAUCUGAGACUGGAGAGUGGCUGAAUCACAGGCAGUGAAAGAAAGUGGAAGAAGUGUUUGGUUGAGGCAAGAGCUCAAUUGUUGCCAAUGUGUGUGGGCUGUAUAUUGUGCAUCUGCAACAAAGUGGAGCAGGAAGGGAUGCUGUUGCAGCAGAUUUGAGUUUUAGUUGUGCAGAGGCAGAGCUGCUCUGGAGGAAAAAAGCAAAGUCACUGGUUGAGUUAAACCUCAGUGGGAGAAGCCAAGGACCUAUUAUGUCUGGCUAACCAAAGCUAUGAGCUGUGGCUUUUUGUUCCGUUGCUUCCUGCAAUAUUUUAAAUGACCAUGUCUUGUUUUGUAGAGGCAUUUGUAUGAUGAACAAUCACGGUCACUUGUGUUUCAGCUGUUGAAUACUUUUAACUAUCAAAAAUACGUCAUUUGGGGGUAUUAUUAACAGUAACUUAAUAUACAGCAUUAGGAGUAAAGUCAACAAUGAGACUGAUAUCGAUGAGAUAAAAAACGCUGGAUUACAUACAUGCUUCGAUUCCUGUGAAUCUUUUGUGCACAGGUAGACAAUUUCAUUGCAAUGGCGGACCCCGCCACGAACACUGAUAAGUACUAUUUAGAAAAGGAAUUACACAAUGUAAAUACAUUUAAUGGCCGUUGAUGGAAA